AUGUCACUAUUCGAGGGCGUCGCCGUCGUGACGGGUGCUGCUUCAGGAAUUGGCCGUCAGGUGGCCAUCUCUUUCGCACGUGAGGGCUGCAAGCGCAUCGCCCUUUUAGACAGAGAUGAAGACGGUCUCUCCGAGACGGCGCAUAUGUGCCGGGAGGCUAAUGGCGACGCGCGGACCUUUGUCAUUGAAAUCGACAACCGCAAUGAGGAGGACGUCGCUGCCGGCAUGGAGUACGUGACGGAGGAAUGGGGACGGAUCGAUUAUGCCGUUAAUUGUGCUGGCAUGUUUGGCCCACUGGCUCCUUCGCAUCUCUUGACUGCAGCAGAAUUUGAUCAGAUCACGACCACCAACUAUCGCGGGACGUGGUUAUGUUCCAAGGCGGAGCUCACGCAGAUGAUCAAGCAAGAACCUCUGAAGACGCACGACGGAAGGCCUGGAAACAGAGGUGUCAUUGUCAAUGUUGCCAGUAACUUGAGCCUGGUCAGUCGACCGGAAACACCUGCGUAUAGCGCAUCCAAAGCAGCUAUUUUGAGUAUGACAAGGAGCGAUGCUGUCGAUUAUGCCAAGUACAACAUCCGAAUCAACUGCGUCUGUCCUGGAAUCAUAGAUACCCCAAUGACGAACGAAGUAUCCGAAGAUGACCCAAUCAUCGCGGUGGCCCCUAUGAAGCGCAAGGGGACGCCCCAAGAAGUGGCAGAUGCCGUGCUGUUUCUUUGCAGCUCCAAAUCGACCUUUAUCCACGGCGCUGCCCUCUCAGUUGAUGGGGGAUAUGUUAUCAACUAG